UUAAAGCGUUCAUGGACAUUCAUGGCGUCGAGUGCAUGUUGGAGCAUGCGGUAAAUUUAUUUAGACUUUCAAUAACUUGAGUAAACAACUUGAUUAAAGCGUGCCAUUGUGUUAAGAUAAAAUAUUAUCACAAGGCAUUAUUAUAGUAUAGUGAUUAUUAAAAUAAUUAUUCAUUGAAUGGUUAUAAAUGACACUUGGAAUUGAUUUUUCCAAAUAAGAAUGUUGUCAAGUAUUGUGCAGUUAUCACUUAGGUCGAUUCACGGUACGAAACUUUCGCGAAUAGUCGACUUAAGAUUGGCAAAUAAAUGCAGAUACAGUACUGAAUGGGUUAAUCGAAGACCUGUUGCUAUUGUCAAUGAAGAUGAGCUUUUUGAUACUGAUGAUACAACCAAAGUUGAUAAGCAAAGAGCUCCUAAAGCACAUAGAGGAAGAUCAAGAGUUAGGACACAUCAAAGAAAAGAAAAGGAGAAUCAAAAGGAAAAUGAAAUUAAAGAAAGUACUGCGAUAGAACAAAAAUAUAUAGCUCUUAAAGCAGAUGAUAAGAUGAUAAGCUCGUUAAUGAUAGAUGUCAAAACAAAAAAGAGAAGAGAAAAAAACAGUCAGAUGCUAUUAGAAGGUUCUCGAUUAAUUGAAGAUGCAAUUCAGGCAGGGGUAGUUCCAAAAGUGAUAUUUUUCAACAGAUUAUCUGACGUAUUGCCACUGUCACUUCCUAAAGAAGUAAAAUUGUAUAAAAUUCCAUAUCGUACAAUUCAGUUAUGGUCCAACUUGACAACUUCUCCUGGAAUAAUUGGAAUCUUUGAAAUUCCAGAUGUAAGUAAUAAGAAACCUGCUAAUGAUGCUAUCCCUUUAACUAUUAUCUGUGAUAAUAUCAGAGAACCAGGAAAUUUGGGGAGUAUUCUGAGAGCUGCUGCUGCAGUUGGUUGCGAAAAGUUAUUACUAAUGAAAGGAUGUGUGGAUUUGUGGGAGCCCAAAGUUGUGCGCAGUGCCACAGGUGCACAUUUUCGAUUACCAAUAGUUACAUCUGUUUCAUGGGAUGAAAUUCCAACGUUAAUAAGUAAUGAGUCUGCAAUUUUUCUAACAGACAAUAAUCUAGCGUAUGAAAAUGAUUUAAGAGAUCAUACUGUUAAUCCAGAGUCAAAUGUAACUCCUUCCCUCGAAGUCAAUGAUAAUUAUAUGAAACAAGAUAAUCUAGAUGCGAAUAACGAUCAAACUGAAGAUAGCGAAAUAAACCAAUUGAUAAGUCAAACUAAAACGUAUAAACCAACCGCAAAAACAAAAUUAUUAGUAAGAAAGGUAAUAUCUCAACUUCCAGUUAAAUCUUAUUAUGAAGUAGAUUUUACAAAAAGAGAAAUGGUACUUGUUAUUGGUGGCGAAACUGAGGGUAUAAGUCUCCAAUCAUGUAAAUUAUUACGUGAAAGAAAUUGCACUCGUAUUAAUAUACCAUUGACUAACGGUGUUGACAGCUUGAAUGUUGGUGUAGCUGCUGGUAUUGUUACAUUUGAAAUGAAAAGACAGUUUAUAUCUCGUAGAAUUGAUGAUGAAUAAAAUAUUCUUAAAUAUAUAAUGUUUCCUAAUUUUGAUUAAAUAUACUAUGUAUUAUUACAUCUAA